AUGUACAUCCGAGCAGGUGCAAUAGUUUCAUUUUUUAUUCUCAUUAUACUGUGUCUAGCCACGUUUAUAACACUGAAUGGCGUAUCAUAUACCCCAAUGAAUAAUUAUAUGAAUACUUCAGAAAUAGAGGAGAUGAGCAGAAGCACGUACAGACACAUUCCAAACCAGGAUAUUUUUAAAGCAAUAACCAAAAUACCGAAUGAUGAGUAUAUAAAUAGUAGAGCAUCUAGCAGUCUGCUUUUUACAUUGGAAGAUAUAGAGAACACUCCCAAAAAUAUAGUACACAAGAUAAAUAGGAGAAGUCCUGACAACACAGAUACAUUCUUGCUUCCUUUUUUUGCAAAUACCAAAGGGGUUGGCGAAGAUUCUGUGGUUACCUUUAUCACAGAGAAUGAAAAAGUAAAUGUGCACGGGGUGAUGUUUUCUGUUGCCAUGAAAAACACCAGAUUCACGGAGAAAGCAAUCAACUUAUAUCUUGAAAACAAUGACAGCAUAGGAAAAGCUGGAAUUAGAGACAACGACUAUCUGUACUUCGCGCUCGUGAAUUCGUCCAAGAACAUUAAGAAAAUAAAGAGAGAGCUGAUGGCAGCCCGUAAUGAUCUAAAUGCGUACAUCGAAAGAACAAAGGAGCUUGUGCUGAAAAAAGCCAUGGACAAAAUAGUAAUGAAAAUGGACCAGCUCAUUCAAUACAGAAUACAAGAAGCGGAGAACGUAAAAAUACACUUAAAGUCCAUACAGAGCGAGCUCAACGAAAAAAACAGAGGUUUUCUGGCUAAACUGUCCAGCUAUUUUGUGUUUCUGGAGAACAUGGAGUUAGGAGUGCCUCAAGCGGUAGAAGAAAUGGAAUACUUCUUGCAGAAUAUGGCAGAAGUAUUGAAAAUAUCUGGUGGUUCAAUACGCGAGAUGUUUAGGCAAUACACGUCAGAUUUUCAAGGCUUAUUGUGGUAUUUACAGCGCAAUAGAGAUAGGAUGUUUAAAAUCAGCAGUGUUCCUGACCUGUUUAAAGCUUCAGACAGCGCAAUAGGGCACUAUAUUACUCUUUUGAAAUUUUACAAUGAAAAAUGCGCUGACUUUGUCAACACUCACAAGAGAAAAGAUCUGAAAAAUAAAAAAGCGAACUAUACUAACACGCUAGGAUGGCUGGAUGAGCAAAUAUCCAGUAUAGACGACGGUUAUUUGGAUGAAAUCAUACAAGAGGUGAAGAAAGAGGUAACAAACGAGAUAGCUAAUAUGGAAGAUGAAGAGUUCAGCUCAAGCGCAAGUAAAAUAGCAGCGUACAUUCCACUUGUACUAUGCUUAGUUCCUCUAUACAUUCUUCUCUUCUUAAGUAUGUACUAA